UUCCUCAAAACGCUCACUUGAUUCCCGUUCCUGAGGCACAAAAAUCGAUCGAACCGAUUUUGGGUGGCUCAAAGUGCGUUUCAAGUGCAAAAUUCUCCCCUAAUUGCAGUCCCGCUACAACGAUGGGUGCUUCUGCGCUGCCAAUCAUUAUUUUCUCUGCCAUAUUCGGUGUGGUCGGAAUUGUACUGCCAAUUGUCGCACCGAAAGGCCCUAACCGCGGGAUUGUCCAGUGCGUUCUGAUACUGACGGCAGCAACUUGCUGGUUGUUCUGGUUGUGUUGCUACAUGGCGCAGAUGAACCCACUGAUUGGCCCGAAACUGCACCAAAAUACGAUUCUGAUCAUGGCUCGUGAAUGGGGCAACCCACUUCCCGACAUGGAUGGGUACAAACCCGAACACGUCGAAACCUAAGCUGAUCAGGUGGUGAUGUGCAAGUUCAGACACGCACGCACACACGAUGGCCACAUUCCCAACUAUAGACUACGGCCAGCAUCGUCCAUUGUUUUCAUCUUUUAUCACAUCGCGCAGUUUCCCCCAAGUACCACCGCUUCCACGAACGAAAAUUUGUGCAAAUCCUUCCGAAAUGAUGGAUUAAAUGUGCUCAAAAUAUGAAGGUCGCCUGUGCACUCCAAGGUGGCAUGAAGAUAAGAUCCACCGUUUCUUUUUCCCUUCUCCAAUUUCUACGCCGAAACCGUCAUAAAACUGCGCUGAUCGACUUACCGGAAGUGUAUUGUUUAAUUGUCUGUUGUUAUGGUUGGUCCUAAAUGAUGUAUUAUACAAAAUAAAGUAGCCUGCGUGCCCCAACAUAAUGGAGUUUAUGGAGGGA